AUGGCGUCUCUCUCCGACGCCCACUCUGCCACGGGUGGUGGCGGCACCGCUGCGACGGCACGAUCGGAUCUAGGUGAUUUUCUCGAACAGUUGGAUCUGAACGACGACGACUUUGCUGAUGUGGAAAUCGAUGAGGAUGACCCUGAGAUCCAAGAAAGCGUCCGCUGGCUUGCCCUUGCUAGGGUUCAGACUAGCAGAAGCUUCAGUCCAUCUGCCUUCUACAAGGACAUGAGGGCGGCAUGGAACCCCGCUCAGGAAGUAAGAUUUCGGCUAGUUGGUCCUAAUCGUUUUGUCAUCCAAGCAUCUUGUUUGGGGGAUUGGGAACGCAUUAUGAAGCAAGGUCCUUGGCUUUUCCGCAAUAUGGCUGUGCUUUUAUGCCCUUAUGACGGAUUCAACAAAGCGGAGGAGGUGGAAUUCUUCCAUAUCCCAAUUUGGUUGCAGAUUCACAAGCUACCAGACCCUUAUUGCAAGCAGAAUAUCAUGGAGAAGUUGUUGAAAGAUGCAGGAGAAAUCUUGGAGAUGCGUUUGAACGGAAACAUCCGUGGUGAUUAUGUUAGGGUUCGGGUGAGACAUGAUAUCCGAAAGCCUCUUACAAAGUACGUCAAUAUUGUGCGGGCCAAGGAACGCCAAGUAUACCUGGUUCGGUAUGAAAAACUGGCUAGGUUUUGUAAGUUCUGUGGCCUUAUUGGUCAUGAUCACAAAGAGUGCGGCCUGGGCAUCCAUGAUGAGAAGGAUCUCAAGUUUGGGGACUUGAUUUAUGCAGAUGCUCCCAAUAAACCUCGUCCUGAAGAAUGA